AUGGAUGACGAAGUUAAAGACGAAAUGGAAGUUGCGGACCUGGAUUUCGCUGAGUCCGAGUCGAGUUGGAGUACGACGCUGCUGAGUCACGGCAACUCCGUCGUUGACGGCAGCAGCAACGCUUACUUCUUCGGAACCGGUCACGACAGAGACACCGCCAUUCUCAACGACUUCGGAUGGAAUCUUCUUCCUCCGGGGAACGAGUUUCACCGGAUGAUUGACUCGGAUUUGGCUGGUAACAAUUACUACUACGACUAUAAUCUGGUUGCGUCGGAAACUACAGCUGCCGGACUUGCCGCCUCCGCCGCCGCUAGUAGUAGCAGCGUCGACAUGAGUGGUGACGUUAAUAAUACCGCGACGGUGGCGACGACGAGGACGACGACAGGGGUGGUUGACGGCGAACAGCAGCAGCAGCAGCAGAUGAUGUCGUCGAGCUCGUCGGAUCAGGAUCUGCCGGAGAAGUCGACGAUAACCACAACCUCCGGUGGCUCCACCGACAUACCGCCGACGGAGACAGCGAGCAAAGUUAAGAAAAAGGGACAAAAGAGAGUAAGGCAGCCCCGUUUUGCAUUCAUGACUAAAAGUGAAGUUGAUCACCUAGAAGACGGCUAUAGAUGGAGAAAAUAUGGACAAAAGGCAGUAAAAAAUAGUCCAUUUCCCAGGAGCUACUACCGCUGUACAAAUAGCAAAUGCACAGUGAAAAAAAGAGUGGAACGGUCCUCUGAAGAUCCAGCAAUUGUGAUCACCACAUACGAAGGACAACACUGCCAUCAUACGGUUGGAUUUCCUCGAAGCGGUCUCAUUAAUCAUCAUCAUGAAGGUGCAUUUGCGAGCCACUUGAUGAGUACUACACCUUCUGCCUCUCAAUUUUUCUAUAGCCCUCGACCUCAAUUUGCACCCCAAGGUUCUAUUGGAUUCAGGGAACCCUUUCAAAUCUCUGGAAGUCAUGAAGUUGGCGAAUCCAACAAUAUCUUACCAAGGCCAACUGGGCAAAUUUUUGCCGAUGAAGGGUUAUUAGGGGAUAUGGUUCCCCCUGGAGUUCGAAAUUCAUAA